UCAAAAAUUGGGAUUAAUCAUGUCUAAUUCGGAUAAUAUUACAAAUGAUUUAAGAGUUGCAACAAUGUUACUGCAGAAAAUCGGUGAAACGUUUCAGGAUUUACAGUCUCACUCUUUCUCAAUCAUUACACUCGGGGAGCAGUGGAAACGUUUGCAGAGCUCAAUCGGAACGAUUCACAGAUCGGUGGAGGAGAAAGUCAAUGUGGUUGAGUCAAAGGACAGAGAAAUUAACAUGAACAGAAUUAGGCUUCAGAAUUUCAAGAAGGAAGUUGAGAAUCGGCAGAAGAAUCUGGAGGUUGAAGAGAAUUCGCUGAAACAGAGGAUUGAAGGUGUGGAAAUGAGGGAGAAGCAGGUUAAGGAGUGGUGUGAGUGUUUGGAGUUGCAGAGGAGAGAGAUUGCAGAGCGUGUUGAGAAGGUGGAGGUUUGCGAGAAGCAGUUUGCCGAGGGUUUUGAGCGUGUUAAGGCGGUGGAUGUUGCGGAGGUUAGGGUUUCGGAGCGGCGGAAGGCGGUGGAGGAGAGGGAAAAUGAGGUUGUUGCGAGGGAGAAGGAAACGAAGGCGGCGGCGGAGAAGGUGGGAUUGAGGGAGGAAGUGAUGAAUGAGCGAGGGGAUGAAUUGGAUGCUAAGGAAAUAAAAUUGAAGGAAUUUUCGGAGGAAGUGAAUAGGAGGUUUGUUUUGUUGGAAGAAAAGGAGGAAAGAUUGGGAUUGACUGAGAAGGAAAUUGAUGAAUUGUACAGUGCUGUUAGAUCGAAGGAGAAGGAGAAUGAUGAGAGAAGCAAACUGUUGGAGGGUAAAGAGAAGGAGAUUGAUGAGCGUUAUCAAGUGUUGGAGGGUAAAGAAUUGGAGUUGCGAUCGACAACGCAGGAAAUGGAUGAAUUAUUCAAUUCUGUUAAGUUGAAGGAGAAGGAGAUUAAUGAAAUGAGGGAAAAGUAUUUGAAAGAGGUUGAAUUGCUACAGAAUGCUGUGAAUGAAAAGAUGAAUGAGGUGUAGAUGAGAGAAGAACAGAUGAAUGAGAAGAUUGAUGCAUUUGAAGUGAAAGUGGCGCAAAUUGACGGGGUUUGUAAGGGAAUGGUGGUGAAACGUUGCGAAAUGGCAAAAAUGAAAAAGGCGAUGAUGGAGGAGGUGAAGGUGAUGGAGGGAAAAAUUGAAGAGCGUCGAAAAGUGGUGGAGGAGAGGGAAAAACAGAUGGAUGAUCGUUGUCGAGAGUUGGAUUGUAGAGAGAAAAUGUUGAAUGAACGAGGCAAAGAUAUUGAUUUUUUAACAAGUUUGGCAUUAUUAUAUCAUAAAGUUACCUUCUUUUUGCUAAUUAAUUAUUUCGUAUUAUUUGGUUUUUAAUUUUUUGUUUUAAUGAUUGAUGCAGUUGAUGGAGAAAGAUUUGUUUACUAAAUAGGUUGAAUAUAUUUGCAUAUAUGUAUAUUCAAGUUGAAUGAUUUUACUAAGGCUGUUUGUUGAUUACAUUGAUCAUGGUGGUGUUUUUGUGAUAAUAUUGAUGAAGUAGGUGAAUGAGAUUAAUUUUAUUCAUAUCUUUCUUUGGGGUAUUGGAUUGUAGAGCUACAAAGGGCAGAGAUGUUCAUGGGAUUUGAUCCCGAAACUUAAACAUGCUUAGCCAGUUGGUAUCUAUAUUCAUUGCUUAUAUCUCCAAAUUAUCCUUAUGAAGUUUCAUGUUAGCCGACCCCAAUCUUUUUGGAUUUUUGGGACUAGGCUUUAUUGUUGUAGAUAUCUCCAAUUAAGAUUGACUUUUACCAUCUUGGUUUGGAUUAUGUAUGUAUUACCAAUGGUAAUGGUUGCGGCAAAGGUCUAAGACCAUAAGAGAUGCAUAAAUGUAUUCUGAAUUCUCAUAGGAGAGGUUUUUUUUGGAUGAAAGGGUUGGGGAGGAGGAGGAAGUGACUUGCAUUGCUUUUGUGUCUUGAAUAUAGGGAAAUUAUAUCAGAGUUUGAGGUAUUGGUGACUCAUGGAGUUCAGAAUGUGUGGUUUGAGUAAAAACCUUGUUCUUGGUCUAAACUGUUCUGUUAUUAAAACAUUCAGCAUUGUGUGUGUGUCUCAUUUUUUGAUAUUCUUGGGGAACUAGUAUGCUUUGCUGGAUUGCCAAAGACAAGAUAUCUGUUGCUUUGUUCUAGUUUUUAAUGGGUUUUGUUCAUCUUUUUGUUUUUAAUUUCCAAAAUCCUAGUUGUAUUUUUGAACAUUGACAUUAUCUUUUCAUUUGGUUUCUUAAGUCUGGUUAUUGUCAUAGUAUCUCUUGGAAUUAUAUUGAUUUUUUAAUUUGCUCUUUCUACACUUGAAUAUGGUUUGUAUAUCUUUCUUCCUUGUCACUUUUAGUAGAACAUUCUACGCUUACUGUUACUUUAUCAUUACUUCCAUUGACCUUCCCACUUGCACAUCUAUAUCUUUCUUCUUUGGCAAACUUUGUAUAAUUUUAAAUGCUUACUGCUGUUCUUUCAACACUUGCAUAGGGCCUACAAGUUCUGCACUUGCAAAAACCAGAGAACCUAAGCCAGUGGCGUGCUGUGAGAUUCAAUUGUUGUGCAGGAAUAUGGACACAUAUGGCAUGAGAUCUUACCUAAUUAAGCUACACUGCAAGGACAUAUAUAAUAUGCGUGAUGAUAUAUCUGAAUCUCUUCAGUUGUCACCAGAUCCAGCAAAGCUUGUUUUUAAUGUGAUUCAAAGUUUUUAUGAGUUGGUCGAGUCAGAAAGUACGCUUAGACAGCCUUAUAUUGCUUGUUGCACAACUUUGUCAGGAGCAUUGCUAUUACUAAACACUAGUGUAACACCACAUUUAAAAGAUGAUGCAAUGAAGUUCAGCAUCAAGUGGAGAGAUUUUUUCGCUAAGCAGGGUUAUAUUCAUCGUCUUGAUACAUUUGCCUUCCUGCAGUUUUUAGCCACAUACGACUUAGCACAGUCAUAUGAUGCAAAUGAACUUUUUUCACAUCUAAGGGCCUUCUUUACUGAGAGUGAGGCUCUUCUGUCCG